GGAGGGCCUGCCCCCCCCUUCCUCCCGCCCUCCUUCCGGCCCAGGAUGGUUCACUGCGCGGGGUGCAAGCGCCCCAUCCUGGACCGCUUCCUGCUCAACGUGCUGGACCGGGCCUGGCACGUCAAGUGCGUCCAGUGCUGCGAGUGCAAGUGCAACCUCACCGAGAAGUGCUUCUCCCGAGAAGGGAAGCUCUACUGCAAGAACGACUUCUUCCGGUGUUUUGGGACCAAGUGCGCCGGCUGUGCACAAGGCAUCUCCCCCAGCGACUUGGUGCGCCGAGCCAGGAGCAAAGUCUUUCACUUGAACUGUUUCACGUGCAUGAUGUGCAACAAGCAGCUCUCCACCGGCGAGGAGCUCUACAUCAUCGAUGAGAACAAGUUCGUCUGCAAAGAAGAUUACCUGAGCAACAGCAACACUGCCAAAGAGAACAGUUUGCACUCAGUCACCACUGGCAGCGACCCCAGCCUCUCUCCGGACUCCCAGGACCCCUGCCAGGACGACGCCAAGGACUCUGAAUGCGCCAAUGCCUCCGACAAGGAGGUGGGCAGCAACGAGAACGACGACCAAAACCUGGGGGCCAAGCGGAGGGGCCCCCGCACCACCAUCAAGGCCAAGCAGCUGGAGACCCUCAAGGCCGCCUUUGCCGCCACCCCGAAACCCACUCGGCACAUCCGCGAGCAGCUGGCCCAGGAGACCGGCCUCAACAUGCGAGUCAUCCAGGUGUGGUUCCAGAACCGGCGCUCCAAGGAGCGGCGCAUGAAGCAGCUGAGCGCGUUGGGGGCCCGGCGGCACGCCUUCUUCCGCAGCCCACGCCGCAUGAGGCCGCUCGUGGACCGGCUCGAGCCCGGAGAGCUGCUCCCCAACGGGCCCUUCGCCUUCUACGGAGAUUAUCAGAGCGAAUACUACGGACCCGGGAGCAACUACGACUUCUUCCCGCAGGGACCCCCUUCCUCGCAGGCCCAGACGCCGGUGGACCUCCCAUUCGUGCCGUCCUCGGGCCCCUCGGGGACGCCCCUGGGGGGCAUGGAGCACCCUUUGCCGGGGCACCACCCUUCCAGCGAGGCCCAGCGUUUCACGGAUAUCCUGUCCCACCCGCCGGGCGACUCACCCAGCCCGGAGCCCAACUUGCCCGGCUCCUUGCACUCCAUGUCCGCGGAAGUCUUCGGCCCCAGCCCUCCGUUCUCCUCGAUAUCCGUCAACGGCGGGGGCAGCACCUACGCGAACCACUUGUCCCAUCCGCCCGAAAUGAACGAAGCCGCCGUAUGGUAGCUUUGAACGGCAAGGCUGGGCUUGGACCUGAGUAGCGGCCGACCUCCAUCUUCGCUUAUCCUGAGAGGUGUACAGACGUGUCGGACAUUCCUUUCGCCCCUGCCCUAAGACAAUAUAUAUAUAUUGUGUUUUUCGGGGGGCUAAAAGGAUUCUCUUUUGCCCGGUUUUUCGUUUCUCCUUUUGAGACAAAGGCGGUCAUUUGCUUCCGAUCAAAGCUACAGUUUUGCUACGGACUGAACCAAGGGAAGGGAGGGACAAUCGUCCUCACAGAGACUCGGAAAGAAAGGGAAAGAAAACUGUUUUUUUGUAUAAGCGAUGGAGUGGAUGUGUUUCGAUACUACUGCCAUAUACAUAAUAUGGAUGGGAUGGCAUAAAUAUGUUCGCAAGAUGAAGACCUCACCACUUCUGCCAUAGAUGCAGGCGAAACGUCAGGAGAGAAUGCUUCUGGAACACGGAAAAAUCACUCAAGACUUUUUUUUUCUCGUAUAGGAAAAGAGACUCGUGUCGAACAAAAGGCAAGGUCAACCGCAGCAAGAGAAGAAAAGCUUCAAGGAAUCCCUCGCAGUUUUCGAAACCACGCUUUUGUCGCUUUGUUCGUUUCGCCUUUGAAAACCGAACGCACCCCGACGACACGACCGACCGGCAGACUUUUAAGCCUCAGAAAGGUCAGGUGAGGAGAACGAAAUGUAGUUUAUUUUGCGGUUAUUAUUAUUAUUAUUUCUUCUUUUUUGGGGAAAGUUUUGUUUUGGGUUUUUGUUUUGGCCGAAAUAGCAAAUAUCGAAACGUAAGCCCUCAGCGUCAACUCUUCUACCUUCUCGGAGCAACACACACCAAUAAUCCUCAAAAAAAAGUCUUUGUUUAGACUUCUAAAGUUCUAAAGAAAGAAAGGGAAAAAGACUUGAAAGAAACGAACCACAAAGUAUUCUACCUUCACAGAAAUCAAAGCUAAACAAACAAAAUAUAUAUAUAAAAAAGACUAUGGAACUAUAGAAAAAAAAAAGAACAGUCAACUGUUUACGUCGAAUGUUAAAUUCAGGAGCUCAACGUUUUAUUAACUAAAAGGAAAAAUAAACCCUGUUUUAGAACCUCUUGUUCAAAAGCAACGUGUUUUGAGCAAUCAACCAAAAUAGUUUUUUUCCUUUUCCUCUUAAAUCUCAUUUAUUUUCCUUCUUUUUUCUUCUGUAGCUGUUAAAAGGCAUUACAGGGCUUUGUGUUUCACUGUGCUAGUUUGUAAAGGUGGUGUUUACAGAAGGCAAAGAAUCAUAAUAAUAAUAAUAAUACUAAGAAUAAAUAAUAAUAAAAUACCUUAUAAAAAUCAAGAUCGUUGCCAAAUAAAACAAUUCUAGAGCACAAAUAUUCCUUUUUUUUUUUUUUGGGAGCGCGGCGCCCGCAGCCUGGGGAGGGGGGGAAAACAAUGAACAUCUUUGCUAAUGUUUAGUCCUGUUCGACAUGAAUGGAAUUGUUAAUAUGACUUAUAUAGACCCACACAGGUUUUAUUUUUGUGUCUUUGAAAGAAAAAAAGAAGAAGUCCAAAAUAUUUAAAUUUUAUGGUCAAAUGGGCCGUCAGCAGCGGCUGCUUUUCCCCCCCACUUUAUAUAUUAAGAUUUCUCAUAUGUCUUUUAUUGUUCAAAUAAAACCUAAGCUUGUGUGACCUCCAGUGCAUAUUAGACCAUUCACUGUAUGACAAAAAAGGGGGUGGGUAGGUGGGCGGAGAAGGCGGAUUCAAAGAAUUUGUGAAUUUUUAAUAAAACUAGAAAAUCGGA